AGAAAGGUAACCCAUGAGACCCGCACAGAACAAAUAUGUACUUGCACUUUGGAACUGUUGAUCCAGCGGCUCUCUAUCGCCGAGCAUCAGCAACGUCGUCGCGGAGCUUAAAGAAAAUGGCAAACCACUGCUUCUUCCCUGCCCUCGGUCUGCUGGGAUGUCUCCUCUUCGCUGAAUGUGCAGUUUUUAUAAAUCAGGAAGAAGCAAGUACCGUUUUGCAUCGACACAGGAGAUUCAACACGGGGCGACUUGAAGAAGUGCUCCAGGGAAGCCUGGAGCGAGAAUGCAUGGAAGAAGUCUGCAGUUACGAAGAAGCAAGAGAAGUGUUUGAAAAUGAUGAGAAAACAAUGGCAUUUUGGACAGUAUACAUUGAUGGAGAUCAAUGUGAGUCCAACCCCUGCAAGAAUGGAGGGCGUUGCAAAGAUGACACAAAUGACUACGUCUGUUGGUGUCCAGGUGGUUACGAAGGAAAGAACUGUGAAUUAGAUGCUACCUGCAGUACAAAGAAUGGAGGAUGCAAACAGUUUUGCAAGGAUGAUGAAGCAGGGAAAGCAGUUUGCUCUUGUGUCACGGGAUACAAGCUGAAGGAAGACCUGAAAACCUGUGAGCCAACAGUGACCUUUCCCUGCGGAAAAAUCCAAGCUGCAGAAGCCCUGACUAAAUUCACUCGCUCAUCUCCAUCAAACACUUGGAACUCCUUAAAUGAAACUGCUGACAACUGGGAGGAAGGCUACAACAGCACUCGGGUGUCCCUUCGGCUUGGGCACCGUAUUCGGGUGGUUGGUGGCAUGGAAAGCAAGAAAGGAGAAGUUCCAUGGCAGGUUUAUGUGCUCAACUCCGAACAGAAAGGAUUCUGUGGAGGCACGAUCAUCAAUGAAAAGUGGGUCGUCACGGCAGCUCAUUGCCUUGAGUUUCAGCCACAAACAAUUGUAGCGGGUGAACACAACGUGAAUGCUGUGGACAAUACCGAACAAUAUCGCAACGUGGCUCGGGCAAUCCCUCACCCUACAUACAAUGUGACUAACAAGUACCACAACGACAUCGCCCUCCUUGAGUUGGACGCCCCUUUGGAGUUCAACCAUUAUGUCAUCCCGAUUUGCCUUGGAGACAGAGAGUUCACAAACAACCUCCUUAAGUUUGGGCUGGGCACCGUGAGCGGGUGGGGGAAACUGGCUUUCCAAGGCAGGGAGGCAAGCAUCCUACAGGUGCUGCACAUCCGGUUUAUUGACCGACCAACCUGUCUGAGGAGCAGCAGUUAUCCCAUCAUGCAGAAUAUGUUCUGUGCAGGCAUUCCUGACGAAGCCAAGGAUACUUGCCAAGGAGACAGUGGUGGUCCAUAUACCACGGACAUUGACCAUGUAUGGUUUUUGACGGGGAUCACCAGCUGGGGGGAGCAAUGUGCUAAGAAGGAUAAAUUUGGAAUCUACACCAGAGUUUCCAGGUAUGUUAAGUGGAUAAGAGAGACCACGAGACCUACAUAAACUAAUCCAAACCCCAAACAGAGUUCUGCUUCCUUUCUCAAGAACCCUACAAUUGUGGAACAGGGAAUCCACAUGGACCUGUAACUACUUCACUGAAAUAGUUUUAGAGAAUUAAAAUCAUAGGAUGGUUGUAUAUAAGAAUUGGAAAGGACUUUGGAGAUCGGUUGGUCCAGCCCCUUGCUCAGUGCUGGAAUCCUAUCCCAUGUUUUAAAAAAGAGAAAAAAGGAUGAUAAGGGAAAUGCUUUUUGUAUGAGCAAAGAAAAUUAGAGGCACAACAGCCCAGUGGGUAAAAUACUUAGUUUGGAUCACUAAGUUUUACAUUCAAGAACCAAGGCAGGAGAGUUUUCCAUACAGUAUGUUCCCUAUCAUUUUCUAUUAAAUACUUGUUUCACCAAGUUGCUAACGCAGCUAAAUGCAGUAUUGGAAAGCGCAUGGGAAAAUUAACAGGCAUGUGCGUUAAUGAGCUCUCGGUGCAUUUAUUAUGCUUUGUGAUGGGGCGUAAUAAAACCAGAAAUGAAUUGCAA